CCUCUUCCAUCGGGAUUUUAUUGCGCCGAACAGGAAAAUCGGAUCGGUUGUGUCGUCGUCGAAAUUCCAAACUUGUCCCGUCGUCUCUACCUUCUUCCACCGUUUCUUCGGUUCCUGGACCAUUGUUUUUCUCUCUCCUUGUUCCCGAUUCACGAGUUUUAUUUGCCCUUGGAGGAAUCACUCUCUCGACCAGCAGUUCCACACGAGGGGAACGGCCCUUGUCUCACUGUAUCGUCGCUGCUGCUGCUGAUUUCUAAUUCUGUGUACAGAGACUUCUUUAUGUGUGCACGCGUGUGCGCGAGUGGAAAUUUGACGUGAAAAUUCGUGUCUGAUUUUUGUAUAUUUUUUUCCUUUUUUUUUUUUUUUUGUCGUUCCGGGAGGGAGAAGGUUAUUUUUCCGUUUUCUCUUUCUUUUCUCAAUUCUACGGACGAUAACUCGACUAUUCGCGGUCGUCGCAUCGUGACACGCUGGUGUGUAAUGAUCAUCUACGUUUUCUCGUCCUUUAAACUGUCGCGAGUUUCAUCAUGCUGUUCCAACGCCUUUUUCAUGAUCAAACACCUAGUGACGAGUCGUGUCUCGCUGAAGACAAAAUGUGAAUAUAUGGUGACAAACGGUCGCAACGGAUCAACCAGAGAGCGAGCUGUGGCAAGAGACACUUAGUUAUCCCUCGCUUAGCUGACUGCAAAUACUUGAUAAUUUUCAAGUAAUUGCGAGUAGGAUAAACAGAAGGACUCGCUUAAACGUUGAAGUUCUACUGGUAUAAGCAGACAAAAUGGAACGAGAAUCGAAUCCUAUGCAAGCUUUGUGCCGCAGCGGCUGUGGAUUUUAUGGCUCGCCGGCUACGGACGGCCUUUGUUCUCUUUGUUACAAAGAAAACUUAAAAAAGAAGCAACAACCUCCUGUAUCCACAGCCACUGUAACAACAUCACAGACCGUCUCUGGUAACGCUGGCACGUUGCAAGGAGGCGGUUUUGGUAGUCCUGCAGCAACAGGAACUACGGCCCAACCUACCAUUCCUACUAUACCUCAACCAAUGACAGAUCUGCCUAACCCCAAAGAAAUAAACAGGGAAGAUCAAGAAAGCGAAGUAGGUGUAAGCACUGGAGCAGUAGCAGAAGGAUCUGUGAGUAGUGGGGAUGCGGACGACUGCUUCGAUGGCAAAGAGACUGAUAAAGAAUCUAAGAAGAAGAAAAAUCGUUGCGCGGUGUGUCGCAAAAAAGUUGGCUUAACGGGAUUCGAGUGCCGUUGUGGAGGACUGUUCUGCUCUGUGCAUCGAUACAGUGAUAAGCACGAUUGCAAAUUCGAUUACAGAGAAAUGGGCGCCCAAGAGAUUCGGCGCAACAAUCCGGUUGUUGUUGGUGAAAAAGUGCAAAAAAUUUGAACUAUUUAGUGCGUAGUCGUUGGGAAAAUGGUUAUAUAACUAUAUAAACAAACAGAAUAUAAAAACGGAGAAAACGAGAUAAAUUAUCUGGCAGCUGAUUGCACGUCGAGGGGCGAAACGGGUGAAUGGGAAGAAUUAUGAGAGGGAGAAGUGGGGGAAAGUAUGUAUGAGCGUGAGAGAGGGUGAGAAAGGAACAGUGAGAGUGUAACGACAGAGAGAAUGAGUCAACGUUAGAGAUGGAGAGGGAGAAUGGUAGGAAAAAUUGGUUUUUGUGCACGAAUAUGCAGACGGAACGGGAAAACGAGAUUUCCGCGAACAAGAUAAAACGAUAACAAAGGAAACAAAAGAAAAAUUAGAGUGCGUGCCGCGCGUGUACGAAUGCUUUCAAAAUUGGAUGUCAGUGCCAUGUCAGAUUGUCAUCUAGCGCGAGUUUCAAUCGAGAAUAUAUAUAUAUAUAUAUAUAUUUAUGUAUAUAUAUAUAUUUGGUUCUAACUGCUGCCAGCUUACUACUACUAUUACCUAUUAUUAUCUACAACUAUUACGGUUUAUUAUUAUUCUAUAUUAUGUUUAUUAAUUUACUUAAAUGCAAAAUUCGCAUACGAAGUUUGUUUUAAACUAAACUCAAGGACUCUUGGCGACAGUCAAUCACUGUCCAGAAGUUCCUGUUUUGAGUCGGAAAAAAAAAUUUUUAUAUAUAUAUAUUUCUAUUUUGUUCUUAUAUCAAAAGUAAAAAAAAGAGGGAAUGUUGCUUAGGUAGUGGCUGACGUUGAUGGGUGAUCACAAUCCUAGGUUAACGAUUAGUCUAAUAAUGAUUAAGUAUAUUAGUCUAUUGAUUCAUAAAUAAUGCAAUGAAGUAUAAGUAGUACUGUGUGUUUAUGUCCAAUUUCACGUGAAUAUAACCAGCAUUAUUCCUCAUUAAAUAUGUUUCAAACUAUAUUGCAAAUCAUUAUUUACGCCGUUGUUCACUCAUUCUCUGAUUCCCUACAGUUUCAGUAGAGAAUUAGUUAUCGAAACUUUGACCAGUCGGUUUUCUCAAGUUUCUUCUUUUUCCCCUCUUGUGGAUAUGUAGAAGUGCACGAGACAUAUAUUGGUGCUAGAAUACUGUACCAUGUGCAAGUAAAAAGAUGAAACGUCUAAAAGUCCAGGUCAAGAACGAGGCCCCUCGACGAAGGGACGACUCUCGCCCUCCAUCGAUUAUUCUGGAAAAUUUCAAUGUUCUCCGUCUGUUUCUAACCAUUUUCUUCUGUGUUGCAAUUCUUUGAGGUACGUUUCGGUUUUCUCCAGCGUGUCUGAACUCUUUAGCUAGAGCUCAAUAGAGAGAAAGAGCGAGAGAGAGAGAGAGAGAGAGAGUGUGAGAGUGAGGAAAGUUGCCACAUUAGGUGUUUGAGUUUAACGAAUCGCUUAUAACUAAAAAUCUCAUGCGAGGCGUGUAACGAAACUGCUUUGUGGUUCGUUUUUUUCUUUUUUUUUUUUGUGAAGAAGAACUGCUUUCUCGCGUACUCUGUGUCUUCUUUAAAACGUGUGUGAAUCGAUAAUCGUCACUGGGGUCCUUUGCGAUUAUUGAACAGAUGGAAAGCGAGAGAAAGAGAUGAAAUAAACAAACAAACACCUGUGUAUCGUAUCAUCUCGCAAUAUGCUGUCUUCGAAACACGAUUUUUUUUUUUUAAAGAGUAUAGCGAUUUUUUGGAACCGCGCGACAGCCGAUAGCGAUAAUACUGAACGAAGUCAUACAAAGAAAAAAAAAGUACUGUAUUGAUUACGUUAUAGAAUAAAGUAAAUCGUUCUUAUUUCAGUACCACGUUAUCGAUAGUCCUUUUUAGUGAAAUUAUUGUAUAUGCAAAAGGGAUAACCAAGCAUGUUCACGUGUAUCGCAGCAAAGCAACUGGGUUGACUUCCCAAAGAGAUCACUUGAACAUAUGUGGAACAUAUAUGUGUGUACAGAGUGGGACUUAUCGGUCGUCACAAUUUUUCAACUUUUUGUAAUCGUCGUACGAAGGAAAUGUUAUAAAUAAAAAUCGUAUUGUUUCAAUAUAAUUACGUAGUGACCAUUGUUGACGCAUUACAUCAGUUGUUUUACUUUGAUAAGUGUCAAGUUAUGUUUUUGUUUUUGAAUUAUACCAUAUUAUUGUUUCUUUGACGAUUGUAUACUGUGAUUUAACACGUUGCCAACUGUGUCACAUUGUGCGCUUAUAAAGAUACACAAUAAUGUAAGGCAGGCAAUACGAAAUCAAAGAUAAUAUUGACAGGCAGUAAAUAAGAAUUAAUUUUCAAAAGUAUAUUUGCGGUCACUUAUAUCCCUACGAACUCUCUUUAAGCUUCGGACAAGUGCAGUUCGCAAUAUUGUCUACUUGUAUUUAGGAAAAAAACAGUUAUUUUUCUUAAUAAAAUAAUGUUUAUCUCACAAGUA